AGAAUCUUUAUAUCACAUGAAGUUCCAUAAGAAGUGUGAGCUAUGCAAUGCAUGCAUACCUCUCCACAACCUCUUUCCAUCUCUCUCAGACUAUGGCUUCUUCUAAGCAGUUCUUCAAGCUCAUCUUCUUGUUUGGGUUGUUUCUUCUCAUCAAUCUUGCUUCCCUUACUGAUGCUCGGGGACUGAAGGAUUCCAUUGAAGAGAAGAAGGGGAACAGCGGAAAUGAAAAUGAAGGUGGAGAAGAGAAGACAGUGUUCAGUAAAAUCCACACAAGGUUGUUUGAAGGUGAAAAAUUGGAUCUGCCACCUCUUCCACUGAUACCACUUGGACCCUCAAUCCCACAACUCCCAAUUCCACCAAUGAUCCCACCAGUUCCUCAACUCCCACUUCCACCACCAAUUCCUCAACUCCCACUUCCACCAACAAUCCCACAAAUUCCACUUCCACCUCCAUUUGGAAUGCCAGGAAUUCCUUCACUGCCUACAAUCCCUGGUAUUCCAUUCUCUACACCACCACCUCUGUAA